AUGUUGAAGGAAAGCAAGCGCCCAGGAGCUCCCAGAAGGCUUUGGGAGCUUCUGAAACUCCUAGGGCUAUCGCUGGUCUUCACCUAUUGCGUCCUCUGCACGCAAGCAAAAGAUGCAGAGAAGUGGAAUGAGCAAACGCCAGAUUGCCCCCUAAUGGACCCCCGGUGUCUUCUCAAUUUCACUGUCGAGGCCCCCGACUACUUCUAUCGCAGACGACAUGAGGCCCCGGCCUUCCCAAUAUCUGUUCUUCCACAGCCUCAGCAGCGACAGGAGCAGCACAAGUUGCAGCAGCAGCAGCAGCAAAGUAAAUUAAGAGACAGACAGACCUUGGAAAAGAAGGCUUCAGAGAAAAUGUUGACCCAAUCAGAAGUAUUUGAGUUCGCAGUGCGGCGGCUUCAAGGCAUUGGGGGUCUAUUCUCUCAGCGGCAGGGGGGCACUGGUUCAUCCGGGGGGUCUGACGGGGGUGGCGGCCGCCGCCGGCAGCAGCCACAAGGCGCUCUUUCUCUUGAAAUGGCAGAUCCUUUGGACUCCGGUGUUUCUCGGAGCCCUCGACCUUUGCUGGAAAGCAACGGGUUGAUUUGUGAAGACGAUGAAAGAGUGGAGGACUUCGGCGUAAAGUGUCGGCUAAUUGCGCGGUCACUUGGGGGUCGCUUGGGGUGCGAGAAACGUCUUAUUGAUAUAUCCCCAGACGGAAGGCUCCCUGCAAACAUUCCUGCCUUCAGCAGGGUGGCUGACGCUUGCCCCAUGACCUGCGGCCUUUGUGAAGAAUGCGCCCCAGGAUGUGCUCUUUGGUUUCUCGGCAACACCCUCUGCGAUGAAGUCUGCAACAACGCAGCCUGUCAGUUCGACGGAGGAGACUGCUGGAGUGCAGAUUGCGUCGUCGGGCCUUGGGCUGAGUGGUCCCCCUGCAGUGUCACAUGCGGUGGACCCGGCACUGAGCGCAGGCGCAGGGAGGUGAAGAGCAGAGCCAAGCAAGGAGGAGCGCCGUGCCCCAAAUUGGAGGAAACGCGGCAAGGCUGCAACGCUAACGUGCCUUGUCCUAGUCACUGUCAAGUGGGUGCAUGGACGGAGUGGUCGGCUUGCUCCCAGUCAUGUGGACCAGGCAUCAGUGUCCGGGAGCGUCCAGUUUUAAAGGAGCCUGAUGAGGAAGGCGAGGCCCACACUUGCCAAGAGUGCCCCGCGCUGCAACAGGAGCGCCGCUGCUACCUCGCCUCUUGCUCUUCCGACUGCGCGGUAAGCGAGUGGACGGAGUGGUCUGCAUGCGGGGCUCCCUGCGGAGGAGGAAAGCAGACGCGGCAGCGUAGCGUCUUGUCAGCCCCUGUAGCGGAGGGCCAAAGGUGCCCAGAGCUGCUGGAGACGAGAAGCUGUAAUACAUUUUCGUGUGACGGCGGCUGCAACUUGGGAGACUGGGGAGAAUGGAGCGAGUGCAGCAAGCCUUGUGAGGGCGGCACCAAGACCAGAACCCGUACAGUGGAGGCUCUGGAGGCAGAUACGGACUGUCCGCCCAGCACGCAGACCGCCCCAUGCAAUUUACACGACUGCGCUGUUGACUGCGUCGCCUCUGAAUGGAGCGCCUGGACGCCCUGCAACGUCCUCUGUGGGGUGGGGACACAGCGGAGAAUACGCGAGGUGCUGAAGGCACCCAAGGGGGCUGGCGACCCUUGUCCUCCUCUUGAUCAGCUCAGACCCUGUGACCGAGGCCCCUGCAGGGUUGACUGCCUCCUUAGUGAGUGGUCGUCGUGGGGGGAAUGCUCGCAUCCCUGUGGUUUGGGAGAGCAACGAAGGACCCGCCAGGUCUUGCAAGCCCCCUCAGAAACAGGGAGUCCCUGCGGAGCUCUUGAGGAGAUGCGGCCCUGCGGCGGGCAUUGCCCGCCCAAGUGUAUACUCAGCGACUGGACAGAAUGGGCCUCCUGUGGAGCCCUGUGCAUGCAGGCUGGAAACACCAACCCUACCACAACACGCAGCCGAGUGGUGCUGCUGGAGGCCCCCGAUUGCCCGAGCCCCGCGAGCCUGACAGAGUCUGUGCUUUGCUCUUCUCUUGGGUUUCGUUGCGAUGUGGACUGCCAAGUUGGGGCCUGGUCUCAGUGGUCUGCGUGUAGCAGGCCCUGCGGAGGAGGCAUUCGCCGUCGUACCCGCGAAAUAACGCGCGUACCCCAGGGGAACGGCAAAGCGUGCGGAGAUUUGGCUGAGGAGGGGCCUUGUGCCACCACUCCCUGUGAGGCCUUGGAAGGACAAGCAGUGACGGACUGUGUUUGGGGGGAGUGGUCAGCUUACGGGCCUUGUGAUGCCACCUGCGGGCCCGGUAGGCGGCGUUCUACUCGUGUGGUCCUUGCAUUCCCCAAAGAUGCAAGUGGCAGAGUCCUACAGCACCUGUGCCCUGACUCAGAGAGGUUCGAGGCCUGCCAAGGGCCCCCAUGCCCGUUGGACUGCCAAGUGACUGCCUGGGGAGCCUGGAGUAGCUGCACCGCCACUUGCGGCGGCGGCCAGCAACAGCGGCAGCGAUCGGUGGUCAGACAGCCUGCCAACGGAGGCCGAGACUGUCCAAACCUGGCCGAGACACAGAUAUGCGGAUCAUAUCCAUGUCCGACGGACUGUGAGAUGUCCCCUUGGAGUGAAUGGUCAGCGUGCUCUGCUGUUUGUGGAGAGGGAAAGAUAUACCGAUCCCGGCGAAUCCUCUCAGCUGCAUCAGUAGAUCCUCCCGGGUUAUCCUGCGGCCACACACGCGAAGAGGCGGUUUGCUUUUCCCCUGCUGGCCCAUGCCCUUCGGACUGUGUGUUAGGUAACUGGAGUGAGUGGUCAGAAUGCUCAGCUCUUUGUGGGGGCGGCACUCGACAGCGCUUCAGGAGCGUGGAGGCAUUUGAGAUCGGGGGAGGUAGGCCCUGUAGCGGCAGCAAGGAAGACGCAGAGGCUUGCAACUUGCAACCUUGUGAGGCCAACUGCCCAGUGAGCGAAUGGAGCGAGUGGAGCGAGUGCUCAUCGCCUUGUCUCCCGCCAGAUGGCAGCGAAACAACACGGCGUCGCUACAGGGAAAUCCUACGCGAUCCCCCAGCCCUCGCGAGGGGCCUCUGUCCUCCGUUGGAAGAAGUACAAAGGGGAUGCAACGCAGAUAUUCCGUGCCCUGUGGACUGCGCAUACACCCCAUGGACGGACUGGGGAGAGUGCGUGGGAGACUGCGACGUGGGACAUCAGCGAAGAACGCGACGAAUCCUCUCAAACGAACAGUUCGGGGGAGAGCCGUGCACAGAAACAGAACAGACAGCGGACUGUGCCUUGGAUACACCUUGUAUAAAGGAUUGUCUCCUUAGCAGCUGGUCUGAAUGGGGGCACUGCAGCGCCACAUGCGGAGGCGGCUACAAGCAAAGGCGCAGAGAGGUGCUCGAAACCCCUGUGAACGGAGGCGAGCCCUGCGGAUCUCUGGAGGAGUUUGAGCCUUGCGCCGAGUUCAGUUGCUUCGGCUCUGACUGCAAAGUGUCUGAGUGGAGCGAGUGGGGUCCCUGCAGCAAGGAAUGCGGGGGUGGCAUUCACACUCGAGAACGACGUGUUCUGUCUCCUCGCACUGGCCACGGUGCCGACUGCCCUGAGCUGCAGCAGCGCCGCGGCUGUGCCCUUCACCGCUGCCCCGGUGUCCCCUGCGACGACAGCCCUGACGUGCCUCUGCUGACUGGAGUGGAGUGUAAGGUGCUGCUCGCCAUGGGAUGUCAUCGACGGCUGCAGGAGCUAGCCGAGGAAAACAACCAGGUAUUCCCUGAGGACGUGCCCCCUGAGGUGCGGGUAAGCGACGCUUGCCCCAAGACAUGCGGCGUUUGCGCCGAAUGCUCGCCCGGUUGUCAGCUUAGAGACCUUGGAAACAGACACUGUGAUGAGCCCUGCAACAAUGAAGCGUGUCAAAUGGACUUGGGAGACUGCGGGGGUGACUGUGCACUCGGCCAGCUGCCUACAGGGCUUAGGUUAGAGCCCGCUACUUCCAUGAUGACGAAGGGACAGACCCUAAUUGCCAGCUGCGCUGACCCGGACAUGCGGCUGUCUCCUUUCUCUUCUCUAAGGCGCCUGGCGGUCAUUUGUUCAGGCAAAGGGGAAUUCACGCUUGAGCCGCCCGACCUGGCUUUAAAGAGAGACGAAGAAGAUGCCUUAUUGCUCCCUGCGUGCUCCCCAGAUCCGUGUCCCUUUAUUUUGGUCAGCGGCUUCACAGGAGAUGCUGCUGUUUUUAAUGGUGUUUACCUUAGGGGAGACCCGAACGGCAGCAUGCCUAGGUUCCUGCAGGACACACUGAGCCCUACAGCCCAUUUCCUCUGGGCCCAGGAAGCGCCUCCGAAAGGAAACAGACUUAAAAAGCAGCUCAUUUGGCGCAUUACACAAUCCGAUCCCAACACAGGAGCCCCAAACUCUGGUCUCACAGCAGCAGCAACUAGCGGGGAGUGCGCAGCGGAAACUGCUAGGGGAGAUGCCGCUGUCGGAUGUACGGACAGCUGGGAGGUGGGCCGUUCUGGGACAGAAGGCACUAGUAGAACCCAACGUGCCUCAUUUAAAUGUAUUGAUGAAGAAACGCGCAUGGAGAUUGAGGCCCAGCAGCUGGCGCCUGAAAAUUCGGACGAAGAGGAGGCUGUGACACCAGCAGUCCCAGUAACCAUGGUCGCUGGAGUGGAGAUGGUGUGCGAGGACCAGAAAGAAGUUCAGGAGAAGUCUGGUAAAACAUGCGAGGCUCUCAAGAAGAUGCUUAAAUGCGACUUCCUGUUGACUGACGCGGGGGUUGAUCUCCCUUCUUUCUUGCCGCCGGAUGCAACGCUGGCUCUUGCCUGUCCCCAGACCUGUGGCCUCUGCAAGCAGUGCGCUCGAGGCUGCCCUCUGUGGUUUCUUGGUAACAAGCACUGUGACAAAGCCUGCAACGUUGCUUCCUGCCAGUUUGACAGAGGAGACUGCAGUUCCGAAGGUCCGGUGAUCGUUGAUCCCGAGAUAGAGAGGGAAGCCACCGAGGGUGACGAGGAAGAAACAUUCGUGACCGUAGAACCAGUCAAGCCCCAUGAACAGGAGCAGGAAGACGACGAACAAGACCCCGCUAUAGCCUGUGAAGAUGACCCUCAAGUCAAAGCCAUGGGUUUCACUUGUAAGGUCCUCUAUGCUGUCGCACAAGAUACACCGGACGGCUGCAACGCCCGCCUGCAAGACUUAAACCCUGACGAAGCCCUUCCACCUGGAGUGCCUCCCAUUACAAGAGUCAAAGAUGCCUGUCCAAAGACCUGUAGAGCCUGCAAUGACCCUGAUAGAUUGCGGCGCCCUGGAGCUCGCGCAGCAGACUCACAAUCUUGCCAAGACGAUCCGAUGGUGGCAGAGAUGGGUUACAGCUGCAAACUGUUGUUGGCAGUGGCUGAAGAGGAAGGGGAAGGCUGUGAAGCAAGACUCAUAGAUCUCAAGCCCGACCAAACGCUGCCGCCAGGGAUCCCACAACAGACAAGGGUUAAGGAUGCCUGCCCUAAGACGUGCAAUGCAUGCGAUGACCCGACGAGAUUGCAGCGGCCCUCAAGAAGUCCUGGCGCUGCAUGUACGGACUUUGAGUUUGUCGGAGAGGCUGGCUCGUCCUGCAAACUGUUGUUGGCCCUUGCACAGUCCCAGGACCUGGGCGGCUGUUCCGCCCCCCUUUCUUCCUUACUUGAGGAGAAGCAUUGGCCUCAGGGAACGCCAUCAGAUAUUACACUUGCCGACGCGUGUCCCCAUACAUGUGAUUACUGUGAAGAGUCAGUACUAAUGCGCCUGCGGCCCCAUGUGGACGAGGAGCCGAGUUGCCUUGGCGGCUGCUGCGACAACAAACUCGUGGAGCAAGAGACAGGCUACACCUGCCGACAGAUCAAGGAUUUCUUAAACGGGGACUGCUCUGUAGAAUUAGAAUCACUUUCCAGUACGCCACUGCCUCCCGAAGUUCCAAAGGGAGCAACUCUCCGAGAUGCUUGUCCGUACACCUGUGGAGCUUGCCCAGCUCAACAAUGUGUUGACAAUCCAAUGGUGAAACAAAUGGGCUACUCGUGCGAGAUGCUCAUUGCGGCAGCAGAGGGUCGGGGAGGCUGCGAGGCUCUUCUAGCAUCUCUCAGCGGAGACGCUCUCCCAGCCGGGGUCCCUCCUACAACGCGAGUCCGGGAUGCAUGUCUUAAAUCCUGCAACGCCUGCCCUCCCUUGUUUCCUGGGUCUAAUGAAACGGAAGGAACAGCCACAACAGGCGGCGCAGCAGCUGCUACUCACUGCUUUGACGAUGGCCGCCUGCCGCAGUUGGGUUAUUCUUGUGCAAUGCUUCUGGACUUUGCAAGUAAGGGAUGCGAAACAACUCUCGGCGAGCUGCUGCCUCAGUCCUUGUCGCUGCCUAGCCAUCUGCACCGCCACGACAUGAUCAAAGACUUCUGCCCAAAAACAUGCGGGCUUUGUGGAGACCCUCUAGGGGUUGGAGGAACAGCAGACACCGCUGGAAGGAGAAGAAAAUGCAGUAACAAUCCAAUGGUUGAGCGGGCUGGACUCAGUUGCAAUCUUCUCGUUAAGGCAUCUCCACUUGGCUGCAAUGCCAAGCUGGCAGAUCUCAGCGACGACCCGCUUCCCCCUGGGGUCCCUCCGAGCACCACCGUGCGGGAUGCAUGCAUGCUUGAUUGCGGAGGCUGUAUUGACGUCCCCACUUGUUUUGAUGGCUUCCAGAAUGGAGAUGAAGAGGGCAUUGACUGUGGCGGUCGUUGCAGGCCCUGCGCUCCCUGCGAUCCCUCCCCCCUCAAGGCCCUAGGUGAUGGCGUUAUCCAGGAAGGAAGAGGCACCGCUCACGGUGCUACCCGUCGGCUGUCGUGCCGUGCAGAUUUCGUGCGCGUGGCUGGAAGAAACGGAGAAGAAAUCAUCUGCCAGGAUGGAACGUUCAGCAAGCCCAAACUCCGAUGCGAAACCAGAGCUGUCAAUGUCCAGUACAUCAAAGCGUUCAUAAGGAAUGCAGGAGACCUACAGUACGGAGCUGUCCCUGCUUUGUUUGCUGCAUUCUCCUCGGCGCUGAGAGUGCAGCCGCCAGACGAGCUGCGGCUGCUGGCAGUUGGCCUUGAUCGGCGGGAUGGUGGCGGUAGAGCGUCUUUAGUUUGUGAGGAUGACCCUCGUGUUGCCGAAAUGGGUUACAGCUGUUCUAUGAUGGAAGCGUUCUGCGACUCUAAACUACACGACCUGGCUGCAGCCCAGAAAAAGCAGCUUCCAAGCUGGCUUCCAAAGGAAGCAAAGGUCAAGGACGCAUGUAGGAAAACGUGCGGGGCUUGUGAUAGCCGUCGUCGCCUUCAGGCUGUUUCGGGCUCUCCGCUGUCUUCUCUACCAUUGCUUAUCGACGCUGGGGUUGUGUGGACUCGAACAGCUGUGCCAUUUUCAAGCAUGCUGACAGAUGACCUUCCCGAGCGGUUCCUUGCGGCAUUGAAGCAACAGUUUAUACAGCGGGGAGUGACCCUGGUAGAUCCUACGGACAAAUCCCUUGUCUCAGCUGCUACUGCGCUCACGACCCGCCCUUUUGCGUUUGCCAUUGAAGGCGUAGAACAAAGGAAGCUACCUGCAGCCUUAUGGGACGGCGGAUUUGGUUCAUACUCCCCCGCUUCACAUUCCAAGGCUAUUUUUGCAGCAGCUGGGCUCCCCAUACCUUCGUCUCAAUCUCUAGAGCUGCCUCAGCUUCCUGACAGGGAAGGGAAAAGGCCGGGUCCCCCUUUAUAUGCCAUAGUGGAUUACUCAUUCGGAGAAGAGGCUCCAGUGCUCCUGCCCCUCCCACCCGGUGUCAGCAGCCUUCGUGGCGCAUGCUUUGACCCGCUAAGCUACAGAGCUGACGCCAACAGCUGCUGCGGCCUUCAAGAAGAGCUUCAGCUUCUUCUUGACGGACCAUGCGGCGCCUUGCUCUACGGUCGGCGAAUGUCACAAGAAACGGUGGCUGCCUUCUGCGAGAAGCCCGUGGAGGGACGGUAUUGCUGGGCCUCUUUUCUUGCCCGCGUGGACGCUCAUAAACAGCGCGUUGGGGCCGCAUGCAACCUUGUGCAAGCUGUAGAGGCCGUAGCUGAGGCAUGGUGCUACAGGGACCCUAUUGAUGACCCCGGCAAAUACUGCUUCGCCGCAGUUGAAGAGGCACUGGAGGCGGCAGAUCUUCGCGCCUUGGGUUCCAGAACAUCAAGUCAGCUUGAUGAAAUUUGCGGGGAAACUAGCUGCUUUAGAAGCAACCUGAGAUACCUCGAUAAUAUGACAUUGCUCCAAACAGCUUGGCAGCUUCUUUAUGUACCAUCGGAGGAAGCAACGCCAGAGGACUUGUUCGUUUCGUCACCCCAUGUUCCUGGAACCUCUCGAAGGCUCCCCGCAGCCGUAACAGCUCGGCGUCUACACAAUAGAGCGGCAAUAGACUCUAGUGAAGCCAGAAAGGGGUUCUACCAACAUAAUCGCCGCCUCGUAGACGCUCGCGAGAGGGUGCAGCAUCAACUGCAGGCAGCAGCCUCCGCCGCUGCUGUGUUCAGUGGUUUGCAGCAUCACAUUGAGACAAACACUAGAUUGCAGCGGCAAAGAGGCCUCUCGAGCACCAACGGAGCCCCCAGAAGGCGACUAGGUAGCUUGUCGAGGUUCCGGGGACCUCUGACUGACACGCUUGAAGAGGGGCUUAACCUAGUGUGCACUAAAGUCGAGAACGACUACUGUCAACAGACUCUCGUCCUUCUUGCCCAAGAAAGCCCUAUAAGAACCCCGUCUCUACUUUUGGAGCCCUGUGCUAGCCGCUGUUUCGUGCCGCUUACUGGAGCGGUUGGUGCGAUAGUCGAGGCAUACGGAGAAAGGCACAGAGACCCAUGGCACUCUCUGCUGGGCUCCGUUAUGAGAGCCUAUGGGCGGUUCUACUGUGUUAGGAACGAAAGGGGAGAUUUCUGUGGGAGACACUUCUUUGACAGAUACAGAGCUGCUAACCCACACAAAGUUGCUGCCCAGGGGCUAGAGCUGCCGCUUCCUGACUGCCAGUGUCCCCAUUCCUUCCUCCAGGAUGGUCAGUGCGACCCUGAGUGCUUUAAUGAAGCCUGUGGGUGGGACGGUAAGGAUUGUCUCCCUUCAUCAAUGUUUGCUCAACUGCAUGCCGCCGUCUCAUCCCUUGUGGAGCCCACGUGCAGCCUUUACCACCCAGAUUUUGAGUGUGGAACCAAAUGCUUCAAGCAGUACGAGACAGCUAGGGGACUGGGCGGGAGUGGCUGCUGCCUAGGGAUGGGCCUUGAUAUUUUAGGAGCUGUGGCAGCUGCUGAGGCCGCGCAUCCGCUAGGAGAGAUUUCUUGGAAAGCUCGAAGGACUGUAGCCUUUGCAGAACAAGUCUGUGGAGCUUCAGCAGAUCGAACAUGCAGCCUUGGUGAGCCUAGGCCACUGCUCCAUGUUGAGCUACGUGUUGUUGGACUCAAUUCUCACGUCACUUUAACGGAUGCAGGAAAAGUUGAUGAGAUUUUCAGAGCUCUCAGUACAGCCCUCACAAGAAGGGUAGGGCUUGUGGAGAGGGACGUAGCUCGACAUUUCGCUAGGGCAGAUCCACGAGGCGUCACUUUGGAGCUCAUCCUUGACGCUGGAAGGGAGCACGCAGUCAGAGUUGCAAAGCUCUUCCAACAACCAGCUUUGGUAAAAGAUGUGGAAGCCGCCGCGUUGCGACAGCUGGGCCUUGUAUCACUUUCCGCCUACAUGGAUGCAGGAAAUGGCCUCCUUGAUGUGGAAUAUGUCCCAGAUUCUUUGCAAGAGGAGCAAGUAACCUCGCCCGCUGCAGGCCUUGGGCCGUCUCCUCCAAGGAGGGGAGAUGAGGGGCUUCAGGAGCUGCCGCUUAUGAUUCCGUCUGAGCCUUGUAGUGAAGCUUCGUUUACAUCCCUGGCUCCCCGAUACACAGUUCUUGAAAAACCACAAUUGUCAGACAAAGGCGAGCCUGAGGCGGUACUCGUUACAUGCGGUCCCGGUUUCUCCGCAAUAAGAGGAUACGAUGCAGACUCAGACCGAGCUGUUUGCGACAAUGGCAAGUGGGUUCUAGAGAAUGGCCUCGAUUGCCGACGCACUUGCACGAAUCCCCCAGAUGCAGCACUACACCCUAAAGGAGCAUACACGUUCAGCCGACAAGACUCAUCAAUUCGUCAUUUGCAAGCAAGCACAGAGCGACUGGCCCGUUAUGGAGCACCUCCCAGCGGCAAGACACAAAGUGCUCCUCAUGGAAAUGCUCUUUAUGUGAGCUGUGCUGAUGGAUACGCGGCUGGGCGCGGGCUGGAAGGCUCUUGGCUCAAGUGCACUGAUGGCGAGUGGAAGCUGGAAAGGCCUGCCUUUAGCUGCCAUAGGCUCUGCCCUGCAUUUCAGCACCUUGGUGAUGCCUACAUCGUAACAGGAGAGGGACAGCACCAAGGAGACGAACGUGAAGUGUCGUGCAGCCGAGGCUACUAUCCGCAGAGGAGGUCGCAUCGCCUGGUGUGUUCUGAAGGCAGUUGGCCUGCUCUUCCCUUCAGGUGCUCUCGGGCCAUAACUCCUGAUCUCAGGGAGGGAGUUGGAGGCUUUCAAAAGAUCCUGCAGCAAAUGUUCAGUCGAGAAGGCAUUCUUGGUUUUAUCGUGUUCACUAUUCUCGUCCUCGCCGCCACUCUUGUUGUGGUUUUAUGCUGGCUUUUCCGCUGUCGAGGCCGUGCACAUCGUCGGCAGCGGGAAAGAGCAGAAGCUAUGCAAGCCUUAAAAUUGGCCGGCGUGCCGAUGAACGAAUUAGCUGCCGUCGCCAGGGCCCGUCUGUGCAUGCACACUGGCUCAUCGUGCAUGUCUUCUGUGGAGGGCAGCAACUAUGGCUCUUCCGUUCGGUCUCACAAAAAACGCAGGAGCAGGAUAGGAAACCGAAGUGAUUGUAGUGUGACCAACUACCAAGAAAUGGUUGAUUUGAGCCGUCGCAUACCGGCAAGACCCCCCGGAGACGCAGUUGUGCCACCUCCAAGUGAAGGAGGGCCCACAGGGCGCAGCAGCAGCCGAGACCCAGAUGAAUCGACUCCUGUUCCACAGUGGCUUGCAGAAGAACGUGUCCUUCCUGCCCAGGCAGUCUGUAGAGCUACGGACCCCAGAUGCUACUCAGCUGCCCCGGCUACUAUAAGUAGUCUAGGUGGAACUCCAGGAUCCUGCAAUUCCAGCAGUACUUCUGAAAGCCACCCAGUAGCCAAAGUCCGUCACCAAGCGCCACCUCAAUUAGGAGCGCCGUUUGAGAUCUCUUCAGAAGACACAGAUGCAGAGGUUGAGCUAAUGCACACUCGCGACGAGGAAGCAGAAAUCGCAGCUCUUCAUGCCACUAGGGCUGCUGGGGAAGCAGCUGCACAGCAAGGGUUGCCACGCGACGCCACCGGCAACUAA